UUCGGAUUAUCCGGCUACCAAAUCACAGGCUGUUUCUCGUUUAAUUUAAAUAUAUCACAAAAAGGAAGUCAAAAUUUCAACAAUAAUCUCACGUGUUUGGAAAUUGACCAUUUUGCCCCUCGGCGAGCCAAGAUAAAUUUCUGCUAAAAAGAACGAAGAUUCGCUGGUAUCGCAUAUCGCGAUUAAUUAGCAGCCAAAAAGAGACCAGCAAAUGGGCAUCUUGAUCCCGGAGGGCAAAAUAGCCAUUUAAGGGCUAAACGGCCGUGAUUCGUCGUUGUCAUGGAGGGACGGAGCCAGCUGGGUCUCCUCUGGCGCAUCGACUCGCGAGGAUUUUUCGAUUAAUUCAGCGAAAAACAAAGGAGCCAUGAGAAGUUGCCAGAAUCUAGCAGAUGGAAACAAUUAAAUAAUUAAUUAUAAAUAUGAUUUAUUAUCACUAGAUUUUAAUACGAAAAAUAGUUGACAAAUAUUCGGGGCAGAUUAAUCAUAUGGUUGGAAAAAAAAAAAAAGGAAAAAGGUGAAGGUUACUCAUUUCCGGUGCUGCCGCCGCUUCCUUCAAGGAGGGAUAGUGUUUAGAGAAAAAGCGGAGGGAGCGCAAGCGAUAGAAGAAAAAUGGCACGAGAGAGAUAAGAUCACCGCUGGUCGGUCACCGAAGGGGUUCUGGUAUCCGCUCUUCCUUCUCUCCGGUUCCACGCUUCUUUCUUCUCUAUUUUUCUUAUGGAUUAUUCCCGCCCCCUUUUCAUCCACCGACCUUUUCCUGUGGGCGAUCUCUUCGCCGUCAAGGGAUCCGAGCUGUGAAUCCCCCGCGAUCGGGCGAUUCCACCCCGGGGUUCCCCUACUUUUGCCCCCGCUCUCUCCGAGGCUGGCGGGCCUUAAGGGAACCCUAGCCCUCCUCCUCCUCUCCGCCUUCUCCCGCUUCGCCGAUCUCUUCGAUUUCAAGACGCGGCGGCGCCGGCGGCGGAAGGGCGGGGAUCGGGCCGGCGGCAAGAUGCUCUGGAUCAUGCGGGUCUCCAGCUUCUUCUCCGCCGCUGUGGUCAUGGUCGUCAUCUCCCCAUCCCUCCAGUCCUUCCCCCCAGCCGAGGCAAUCCGAUCCUCCCAUCUCGAUGGCUACCUCCGCUUCCCCGCCGGCAUCGCCGCCGCCGGCGCCCGGGGUCGCUUCUCCUUCCGCCAGGCCUUGCCAUUCCGCAAUGCGGAGGAAUGCGGUGGCCCCGGAGACAACAACACCGUCUGCAAUCCAUCCUUCGUCCAUGUCGCCAUCACCCUCGACAUGGAGUACCUCCGCGGCUCCAUUGCCGCGGUUCAUUCCGUCCUCCAGCACGCCCUCUGCCCAAAAAACGUCUUCUUCCACUUCCUCGUCUCCGAUACCAGUCUGGAAACCCUGGUCCGCUCCGCCUUCCCUCAGCUACGCUUCAAGGUCUACUACUUCGAUCCGGAGCGGGUCCGGGGCUUGAUUUCCACCUCAGUGCGGCAGGCGUUGGAGCAGCCGCUCAACUACGCGAGGAACUACCUCGCCGACAUGCUGGAGCCGUGCGUGCGGCGGGUGAUCUACCUGGAUUCCGAUCUCGUGGUGGUCGACGACAUCGCGAAGCUGUGGAGGACGGGCCUGGGGUCGCGGACGGUGGGGGCGCCGGAGUACUGCCACGCCAACUUCACCAAGUACUUCACGGGGAGGUUCUGGUCGGACCCUCGGCUCGCCGGGACGUUCGCCGGCCGGCGGCCGUGCUACUUCAACACGGGGGUGAUGGUCAUCGAUCUGGUCCGAUGGCGGAGGUUCGGGUACACGCGGCGGAUCGAGCGGUGGAUGGAGGUGCAGAAGGCCGGCGUCGGUGGGGGCGGCCGGAUCUACGAGCUGGGCUCGCUGCCGCCGUUCCUUUUGGUUUUUGCGGGACACGUGGCGCCGAUCGAUCACAGGUGGAACCAGCACGGGCUCGGCGGGGAUAACGUCAAGGGCAGCUGUCGCGACCUCCACCCCGGCCCGGUCAGCCUCCUCCACUGGAGUGGUAGCGGCAAGCCCUGGGUCCGGCUUGACUCGAACCGGCCAUGCCCCCUUGACGCUCUAUGGGCCCCCUACGACCUCUACGGCCCCACCCCCUGACCGUCUCCUCCCGGUAACUUCCAUUUUUUUUCCCACCUCCCCACGAACCACCUCUUUGCGGCAUGUCAUAUCUUGCACCACUUUUUUUGUCUUUUUUACUUUUCUUUUUUUUGCCUCGCUUCUCUUUCAUAUUCUCUUUCUUUUAUUUUUUAUUUUCAUUUUUUUACGCUUCUGUGGUCUCACCAUUUACUCACCGGUUUCCAUCUUUUUCUUUUUCUUUUUUUUGCGAGGCGAUUUGUAUUUUAUUCCAUUGUUGUUGCUCCCGCAAAUAAAAGAAACAGAUAUUCAAUUUAUUUUA